GGCAUGGAUGGGACCAUCCCUAUCCCUGAAAAAUUGGAUGAGUGGUGUCCCACCAAAUCGGUGGGACGCCACUCAUCCCAUGAUUUACUCUAUCCUUCAUCCCGCUCCCCAUCCAUCUCCAUCCCUUUCUCAUCGCGAUAUACUCACCAACUCUCAAAUCUGCAAAAUCUCAGGCGAAGACGGCGGUGAACUUCAGGUUCUUCUCUCAGGAUCUAGUGCAGUAUCUGGUCUCAACCAUCUCGAACGGUUCUCUCCGGAUCCAGUGCAGUGAACAGUUCUCAUCCAGUUCUCAUCCAACGCAGUGAACGGUAAUUUUUCAUGGAAAGGAAUAAAAGAAAAACCACACGGAAAUUACGAGAGGUCGCAGCAAUUGCAGCCACAAUUAUGGGAAUUAUAGUGACACAUAUCACUAAGCGUAGAUUAUGUCGUGCACCCAAUUCCCGUAGAGGCUUGGAUAGAGAGAAUUAUCUUGACCGGCUAUUAAAUGGUGAUGACACAACAUGCAUUAACAUGGUUAGAAUGAAUAAAUUCACUUUCUUUAGCUUGUGCUCAUUACUACGAUCUCGUGGACUACUCAAAGAUUCAAUAAAUGUCAAUGUGGAAGAACAAUUGUUAAUGUUCUUGCAUACUGUUGGUCACAACCAACGAAAUAGAGUCAUCGGACACAAUUUUCUUAGGUCUGGCAAAACUGUUAGCAGAUAUUUUAAUCUUGUCCUACAUGCCAUUGGACAAUUACAAAAAGAGUUUAUCGGACCUCCAUCAAGUACUUUAUCAACCUACAUUGCACAACGUUCAAGAUUUUUUCCAUACUUUAAGGAUUGUAUUGGGGCCCUUGAUGGCACACGUAUACAUGCUAGUGUUCCAGUAGACAUGGUUGCAUCUUUUCGCAGUAAAAAGGGUUUUCCAACACAAAAUGUGCUCACCGCAGUAGACUUUGAUCUUAACUUCACUUAUGUGCUUGCUGGUUGGGAAGGGUCUGCACAUGACUCUAUGGUCUUGCGUGAUGCUUUAGAAAGACCCAAUGGUCUUAAAGUCCCACAAGGAAAAAAUGGAAGCUGGUAGUCAUUCAUCAAGCAGUAGGAAGAAUGUAGGUAAUAUGCGAUGGAAACCCAGUGAAAGCAAGUUUUUCUUACAAUUUAUGGCAACACAGGUGGAAAAUGGUCUGAAGUGUGAUAAGACAUUCAAACCACAAGCAAUUCAUGCAGCCAUACGUGCUUUGAGAGAGAAUUUUGGUAAAGAUUGUACCGAGUCUAACAUACAUAACCAUCUCCGAACAUUAAAGCGCAAUUGGGCUAUAAUUAGUAGACUUCGAGAGAUGAGUGGUGUGGGUUGGGAUGAAGAAAACAAAAAAAUAAUUAUGGGUGAAGAGGAAUGCAUGACAUAUCUGAUGAGGCAUCCAAAUGAAGAACCAUAUAUAAAUAAACCCAUUGAAGACUAUGAUUUGCUUGAAGUUGUAUGUGGCAAUGAUCAUGUAACGGGGCGUUUUGCUCGAGAUAGUAUUGAGACACCUCCGACUGAUGAUAGUGUACCAAAAUUUUCGAAAGAUAAUUUUAAUAUUGGAUUGACACAAGAGGAUCUUGUACAUGGACAAUUUGACAAUAAUUUCGGGUUUGAGACACCCUCACCGACACCAAA